UUGGGGGUUUUGUAAUUUCGUUGCUGCCUUCAUGGCGAGUUUCGUUUCUCUGAGCUUCUCCGUUCCACAGGUCAUUUUCAAGGUAAAUUCCGCUUCUAAACGCCUUCCCUCGUUAAUCACGUCUGUAGCUGCGGAAUUUUCUUCAAUAUGUACUCUGAUUCUUGUAAUGUUCAACGUAACGGAGAGCUUCAUUCGAGGAAAUGCCACCAUGGAAACUGGCCAAAGUCACAGUAGUUCCAAGGCGAGCUGGAACAGCUUCGACGUUUGUGCUAUCCUGUUGCUCAAAUAAAUCCAUAUCUAUGAAUUGGGAAAACUGCCAUCCAGUACGGUUAACUUCAAGACCUUUUUGGGGAAUAGUUUCUUCUAGUUCCAGGAAUUUGGUAUUAGCUGGCUACUGGGUAGGACCUGAUGUUGAUGACGGAUGGGGAUAUAUAGAAGCUUUUGUCGAUCGGAUUACUUAACUAUUCAAACUUUGAAUUCCAUUUCUUGAUUUUCUUUUGUUUACUAUGUCUGAUCUUAGUCGAAUGCAUCAGUCGCUUUCUCCAAAAUAUCUGAAACUGCUUCCUCUUUGUGAAAUUCAUAUCUUGUUUAGUAA